ACCCGCACAACACUAUUUGUUGUUGAGAGUUUCAAUAAAGUUAGUGUGUGAUUCAGUGCGAUCAGUUUUAGACUUUAAAACCUUCAAACUCUCAUUGUGUUCCUGUGGCUAAGUGUCGCUAAGUGGUUAAGUUUAGUUGAGACGAUUUAACCUCUGACCUGAUGGCGUUACCCAGGUCUGAGUGGGAGAAACUGAGAUCGUGGAGUCAACAGAUGACUGACGGCUACGACCACGUCAAGAUCAACAACUUCACGACGUCCUGGAGGAAUGGGCUGGCCUUCUGUGCCCUCAUACACAGGUUCAGGCCCGAGUUAAUUGACUACCAUUCGCUGACACCAGAAAACGUUUUCCAAAACUGUAAACUUGCCUUUGAGACAGCAGAGAAACACCUAAAGAUCCCAAUUUUCCUGAACGUUGAGGACAUGGCGAGGUUGAAGGUACCAGACAAGCUGAGCAUAGUGACGUAUGUGUCUGAGUACUACACCGUGCUGCAUCCCUUACCUCAGAAUGGCGGACCUGAUGUUCGUGCUUUCAACCCGGCCAUUGAAGUAAAGGGAAAUAACUCUUCAGCAACGGCUAGCACGAACAAAUACACAGGCAAGUUUGGCGAGACGUGUGUCCUGUGUAAAAGUAAAGUCUACCUACUGGAGCGACACAUUGUGGAGGGGAAGCUCUACCACAGAACGUGCUACAACUUCAGUGACAUGUCUAAAGCCAGUCUCGUCUACAAGAUAUGUACGCCCAAACUCGCCCGGGCGCAUAAAGUCAACAUAGAGGCUGCUCAACAAGCUGCUAUGGCAGGGGCAGAUGUGACAGCAGGACAAGAAACAGGACAAAAUGCUAUGGCUGGGUCAAAUGUUACAGCAGGACUAGGUACAGAAAACAAUACAAUAUCUGAGUCAGAGGUUACUGUAGUACCAGGUACAGAACAAAAUGUUAUUGCAGGGUCUGACGUCUGUGUAGAACCAGAUAGAGAAAACGGUGAAGGAUUAAUUCAAAGCGAACCUGAAAGUUUGACAGCUGACGUGGUAUCUGUGCCAACUGACGGGGUAUCUGUGCCAGCUAAUGGUGCCGUGUUAGGUACAGAUGUAGAAGAUCCCAACCAGUCGCAAAGCUUGACUGAUGCUAAGGCCUCAGGUGAUGAGUGUGAUAGUUCUAUGGUAGGUACAGAGAACAGUAGAGCGGCACAACAGAGCGAGAGAGAUGGUACAGCUGAUGUAGACUGUAAACCCACGGAUAAAACAGCAAGUGAAGGCAAUCAAUUACUUGUGUUAGAAUCUACGUCACAACAUAACGAUGUGACAGAACACAAUUACACAAAUUGUGACACUGUGUUAGUUAACAAAGACAACACAAAUAACUGCCAAAAGCCUGAGGAAGAUGUUCAAAAUGUGGAGAUGCUGAAGCCACAAUUAUCUAUACCUAUGGAUAUUGAAGAAAGUAUAGAAAAACAUGGACUAACCACCUUUGAUAAUAUCAACAUCAACGAACAGUUACUAAAACUGGACAUUUUGAGCGAGGAGAAGCCAACAAAAGAAAGAUCAGAUGAAGCCACAGCUACUAGGGAGACGUCUGAUUCAGACAAGCAAGCUGAUGAUGAUGUCUUCAUAACUGAUGGUAGCUCCAUUAGUGAGCGUACUGACAUGUGUGUUUUUCUAGAGACUAGCUCAGCCGCUAGUUUAGGCUACGAGCCCGUCAACACAGGGGAAGCCAAGCUAAGUAUGGACAAACAGAAAUCUUUACCCGAGCCAGCUAAUUUGGAGAAAAUUUACGAGGAGAUAGGAGCACAAGCUUCAAAACAGACUGUGAUUCCAGAUUCGGACCAAUUGAAAUCAAGAAAUCUGGAGCAGGAAUUGGUUGCAAAUUCCGAAAAGUUUGCCGCACUAGAGAAAAGAGGGAGAGAACUCGAGGAGUCAAUGGUAAACAUGGGGGACAACUCGGACGAUCAGCUCCUGGGGGAGUGGAUCCAGCUGGUCAGUGAGAAAAACAAACUGGUCAGGGAGGAGGCUGAGAUCAUUGACCUAUUAGCUUACAAGACAUUAGAAUAUAAUCAAGAAACAAUCGAUUCCAAAAUUCAGACCUGCUUAAGUAUUUCAGAUAACUUUGACGAUGUGGACAGUUUGAUCAAUGAAAAGAUAAAAGUAGUGGAACAACGGAGUCAGAUUGUGGAGAAGAUCGACGAGGACAGACUCAGAUACGAGAUGGAGGAUCAAAUUUUAAAAGCAAAGUUGAUGGAAGAAAACAAAGCAAAACUUCCAGUGAAUAAGAAAAUCAAGAAGAAAAUUUUGAAAAAAUUCAGGAAAUAAAACUGGAAGUACCGUCCGGAAACAUACUAUCUCAGCUUGUUGUGUUGGUCGUGGGUCAUACAGUCGUCACAUAAAGCCAUUGUUGUCCUACAGCUAUUACGUCACUUAAAGCCAUCAUUGUCCUACAGCCAUGGUGUCAACGUAAAGCCAUCAUUGUCAUACAGUCAUUGUGUCACUUAAAGCCAUCAUUGUCAUACAGUCAUUGUGUCACUUAAAGCCAUCAUUGUCAUACAGUCAUUGUGUCACUUAAAGCCAUCAUUGUCAUACAGUCAUUGUGUCACUUAAAGCCAUUAUGUCAUACAGUCAUUGUGUCACUUAAAGCCAUCAUUGUCAUACAGUCAUUGUGUCACUUAAAGCCAUCAUUGUCAUACAGUCAUUGUGUCACUUAAAGCCAUCAUUGUCAUACAGUCAUUGUGUCACUUAAAGCCAUCAUUGUCAUACAGUCAUUGUGUCACUUAAAGCCAUCAUUGUCAUACAGUCAUUGUGUCACUUAAAGCCAUCAUUGUCAUACAGUCAUUGUGUCACUUAAAGCCAUCAUUGUCAUACAGUCAUUGUGUCACUUAAAGCCAUAAUGGUCCUACUGAUACGAUGUAAUGUAAACGUUUUGGGAGCACAAUGUGUGGAUUCACGAAAAUGUUUGGAUUGUGGAACAUCAGUUUUCAUAGUGUUGUGUUGAAAAAAAAAAUGACUCAUCCAAACAUUAAUAUAGUACUUUGUUAACCGCUGAUUCAUUGUCAGUGAUGAGUAAUUUGUAUUUCACUGUAUAAAAUAGUUUGUAUUCCAAUUAUUUAAAAUUACAAUUUGAGUUUCAGAUAAAUGGUUACAAAAGUAGAGACAAAUUUGUUUCAAGUGAAAACAAUGAAUCAUGUAAUUAAUGAAGAUUUAGUAAGCUUUAAAUAAAAAAGAUAAAAAAAAACCAUAGCCUAGC